CUGCGGGUGCCAUGCCCUCCCUCCCCUGCUCCCACCUCCUACUGGUAUAUGGCACAAGCAACACCCUGACAUCAUUAACAAGCAAGGUGCGCAUCCCUACCUGCUUGUCGGCGUGGCAUCGGGCUGCCUUCAUGGCUACCACUCCUCCAUUAGUAUUACUUUGAGUCAGUAAGCACGCUAAAACGUGGUCUGAAUAAGUAGGUGGUCGUUGUAAAGAAACUUUAACCAGAAUAACUGUAACAGCGAUCCAUCAAUUAACUCUUGACUCUAGCCAUCUGUGCGUUAUUUAGAUCUAAACAUAGAUAUAACGAAAUAAUGUAAGAGAAGAAUGAGAGCAAAACCCAGUAGUCUGGCAGUAGAUAUAGGAGAAUGAGACUUAAUAAAAUAUACGUACUGAGUGCUUCAUAGUGGCUGGCUAGUGCCAGGCUACCGUUGAUGCCACUGGUAGGUUUCAGUACCGUUUUACAGCCUAGAUAUAAAAGCCUGUGUCAUGUUAGUGUGCUAGACUCGUGUAGAAGCAGACUUAAGGUAAAGUUUGCUUUGGGUAUGCAGUAGUAGGUGGAGAGAGAGCAGGGCUAUAAUGUGUUGUAGUGGUAAUGUGUGGCGGGUCGCGGCAGGCGGGGGCACGAGUCUAGGUGCAGGUGUGCGCGCUGCCCGCCUGUGGGAACGCGCUUGUUCCCACGGUGCAGCCACAUUCCGACAUCCUCCUGCCGCAUGCCUCCACACUUUAACUAUAUUUACUUAUCCUCAUAAGUGUUUUGCUUAAUUGUAGGCAUUAAACAUUCUUGUAUGACUCACUAUAUAUGCUACUAGAGAUACAGUUAAAAAUUCGUGUGUGGCUUAAAAAUUCGCUGGUUAAUUGUAGUCAGAAGUCGCAGCGCGACGGUAGUCGGCGAAGACUGGCAACUGGUUCCUCCGCGGGUAUAACAACGGCGGGACGUGGGCAGAGCGAACAUACUCUCUCUAAACCUGGUUAGAGCCACUCUUGUGCCUUACUGGAUAACUGCGCACAUACACGCUAGCUUUUUCCCGCUAUGGCGUCCACAUACGAAGUAAAUAUUGAGGAUGUUGAGCCGCUGUCCCGCACCUACCAGUACCGCAAGGUGAUGAAGCCCAUGCUGGAGCGCAAGCGCAGAGCUCGCAUCAACAAGUGCCUGGACGAACUGAAGGACCUGAUGGUUGGAGCACUGCAGUCUGAGGGCGAGACCAUCACUAAACUGGAGAAGGCCGACGUAUUGGAGCUGACGGUGCGUCACUUGCGCAAGCUUAAGCAGCACCAUGCCCUUGCCCUGCCCUCCCACAACAACGCCCACGACAAGUUUCGAGCAGGAUUUACCCAUUGUGCCAACGAAGUGUCCCGUUUUGUGACUUCGGUGCCUGGCGUUGACAUCCACGUUUCCACCAGGCUCUUGUCUCAUCUUGGCAGCUGCAUCAAUCAAAUCGACAAGAUCUCGGCGCCACAACCUGCCGCACCUAUCACGCCUGCGGUCACACCCACCUCUACGCCCACUGGUAUGGUGCCCAUUACAGUGACAGUGCCUCGUGUGUACACACCUCCAGCCAGCCCGGAGAGCAAGCCCAGUCCCACAAGCCUUCCUGUUAUGGUGUCUCCACAACCCACCGCUGUCAGCCCGAAGCCCGGCAGUCCAAGCCAGCCUGUGUCCCUUGCCCCUGGUCGUGUGGGAGUGCCCUCAGGAAGCCCGAUGUGGCGUCCAUGGUAGUGUUGUGGCCCCAUUCUCGUGCCCAUUCAUAGUACCUGAGUUCCCGGUGCCCCGUCUGUCUCGCUACCCUGGCGAGAAAAUGAGACCCUUGGGCCACUGCGGCUCCAACAACGACAGAGAUCCAGCAGUGUACGUCGUGUUGGCUAAACCACCGUUUCAUGCUGUGUCGUUGUACCUACAGUGCACAAUAGACUGUUGUCGUACCUACAGCGCACAAGAGAUUGCCGUCGCCUGCUGUGUCGUCGUACCUACAGUGCACAAUAGACUUGUCGCCUGCUGUAUCGUUGUACCUACAGUGCACAAGAGACCCUCCCGUCGCUUGCUGCGUCGUCGCACCUACAGUGUACAAGAGACCUCCCCUUCCCCUUCGCCUGCUGUGUAGUCGUGCACACGAGACCAGGGUUGUUGCUGCGUCUCGCUGCCUCCCCCAGCAUACAUGAGAGACCAGUGUGUCUCGUAGCCUCCCUCAGCACCCACAACACAUCGUGGGCCGCUACGUCAGCUGAGACUUGCCUCGGCUAACAGCGCAGCCUCCGCGGCCCACCUGAUGCGCACCCUCGGGUGCGCUGUGAUAUAUAUCCUGUGAUAAUUGUCUUUCAUACAGAUUUAAUACAGUAUUUAUUUUGUUAUUCUUGUUAAUAAAACAGUCUUGAAAGUA